GGUCAAUCAUCUUCAGGUGAGAACUUCAAGUCUUCAUCUGAAACACCUCCAAGAAAACAGAGGGGACUCUUCUCUGAUGAGGAGGAUACUGAAGACUUGUUUUCAACCAGUAAAACUGUGAAGUCCAAAGCUACAUCUCUCCCCACCAGCAAGUCCGUGACAAAAGCUGCACUCUCCUUAUUUGAUGAUGAUGACGAGGAUCUCUUUGGUGUAGUACCUGUGAAGAAGCAACAGGAAAAACCCUCGGAAGAGAAACCAAAACAGCCAGAGCCACUCAAGAAAGCCUCCAGCUUAUUGUUCAGCAGUGAUGAGGAGGAACACUGGAGUGUCUCCAAGCCAGCUAAACUCCCUUCUGAAAACGACCGAAAAGAGGACCCUGCAAAACCAGCUAGCACUGUCAGUCAGCCUAAACCUCUGAAGAAGACAAGCCUCUUUGAGGAAGAGGAUGAGGAGGAUCUAUUUUCAAUCACUAAAGAGAGCCAGAGAAAGCCACAGAAGGUGUCGUUGUUGUUUGAAGAUGAUGCUGUUAAUGGAGAAUCCCUCUUCAGCUCCCAAUCCACGCUACUUCCUUCAGCUUCUACGGCUGCAGAGAAAGUAAAACCAGCACAAGCACCACCUUUCUUUAAUGAAGAAGAAAAGGAGGAAAAGGAAGAUUUGCCCUAUAAAGCAGCAAAGUCUAACCGGGUAGAAGAUACGUUGUGGCGUUUAGAAGAGCAUGAAGCCCUUCCUGUGCCUAGAGGAGGAGAUGUUGUGGGGGAGCAAACAACAGAAAAACCUUUUGCAACAACAUCCUCAGAGCCAGCCAGCAGUUCUGAUCUGUUUGCAACAUCCCCACCAGCUCUGGAGAAAGAUAUCAAGACCCGAGCUAAGAAAGUGUUAAGCUUGUUUGAGGAGGAGGAAGAGGAGAGACAGGAAGAUGAUGAUGGUAUCAAAAAUGCACAGAAAGAAAUUAGUGUGGUAAGUCCAGAGAACACUCGGCCCAAAAGCACUGGAGUGUUUCAAGAUGAAGAGCUCCUCUUCAGUCAUAAACUUCAGAAGGACAAUGAUCCAGAUGUCGAUCUCUUUGCCAGCCCCAAGAAGUCGAUGUCUGCGAACCGUAUCCUGAAGCCAUCACCUGGAGGAGGGCUUUUUGGAGAUGAUGAUGAGGAUGAUCUCUUCAGUACCCCUAAACCAAAGCUUCCGAAAAUAGCUGAGAAGAAAACACUUAAGGCCAGUACCAGCCCUCCCAUGGAGAGCAGUAAUUUUCUAGAAAAUGCUUUAAGUGCCAAACAAGAUGAAGCUUUGAAGGCAGUAACCACAGAGAAAUCUACAGAUCCUGCUCCCAUUAAAACCAAAGAACCCUCAUCUCGGAUUGGAAAGCUACAAGCUAAUUUAGCUAUUAACCCUGCAGCCUUACUACCUGGUGCGAUGCCUAAGAUCUCCAGUGUAAAGUCCCCUCUGCCAGUUGUGGACACUCCGUUGCAUGAGCCCAAGAAUGUACAGAACAGUGAAGCCUUCUCUGCUGCAGGGAACAAUGAAGAGCUAGGUGUAAGCUUUGAUCAGCCUAUGCAAGCGGAUACCUUGCACAGCGCCAAUAAGACCAGGAUCAAGGUUACAGGAAAACGAAGACCUCCUAGCAGAAUGGCCCGGCGGUUGGCUGCCCAAGAGUCUGAAGAGGGUGAGGAGGUGGAUAGUGCUAAAGAACCAAAAUUCUCUCUACCAAAACAGACAUCGGCAGUAGUGAACAUAAAGGAGUCUCUUGCUACUGAAGCAGAGUCCAAGGAAAAUGGCUUUUCCUCUGGCUUGUCGCCACCAGCUCAUGGCAGUGUUUUGUCUGCUCGGACAAACAAACUCCUUCCUCCAGAGUCCUCAGACCAAGGGGAUGAUCUGUUUGAAUCAGAAGACCUUUUUGCAAGCAGCUCAACAUCCAGAUCAGCUGCACAAUCAAAGUUAAAGGAAGGAAUGUCGGACAGUGUGGCUAACAAACCUGUCAAGGGCAAGGAGAAAAAGCCUGAUCUGUCUGUUCUAGGUGAUCAAGACAGCACUGAUCUCUUCCAGCCUGUAGAGCAAAAAUCUUCAACAAAAAACAGCCCUAUACCUUUUUUGGAGGAAGAGGAAGACUCUCUCUUCACCUCUCAGAAAACUGGAAAAAAGGAGUUGAAAUCUGCUGUCCAGCAAGCUGUUGACCUUACUGCCCAAGAUAUCUUUGAGGAUGAUAUAUUUGCUACUGAGGCAAUUAAACCAAUGAACAAAGCAAAAGAGAAAAUGCCAGAGACUAACCUGUUUGAUGACAACAUUGAUAUUUUUGCGGAUCUCACUGUAAAACCAAAAGAGAAGACCAAGAAAAAGGUGGAACAAAAAUCCAUAUUUGAUGAUGAUAUGGAUGAUAUCUUCUCUAGCAGCCAAGUCAAGAUACCCACUCCUAAAAGCAAAUCUCCCCAAGCAGCCUCAGAAACAAAAUCUGAAAGCAAGACACUGAGCACGUUCGAUGACCCACUGAAUGCCUUUGGAGGACAGUAGCCAAGGGAAGUGUGUUGCAGAGAGAAGACCUUCCCUGUGCCCUGCCCAGUACUAAUGCUCUGGAUUCUCUAAGCCAGUCGAGCUGAAGUGAGAUGGCUGUGGAUAUUUAAAUAACUUUACCCAUUUUAAAUGGUUAGUAUUCUCUUCUGCUGGGUCUAAUGCACUAAAUGAUAUAUUUUUUAAAGAUGACAGUAACCUCCUGCUAUCUUGUUUCCAUGGUGCCCGGAUGAACAUAGCCUGUGCAAUACCUGCAAUGAAGUAAUCUAUUAUACAAAGUAUAGUUUGUUUUAUUGAACAGAUCUAUAGAUAAAAGAAUUGAUAAAUAGUAAAAUGAGUCUGUUAAAC